UAGAAAAUUCUCGAGGUGAUUUGCAUUGGAUAAGUAAGCUGUGUAAAGUAGAUUGUAAUUCGGAACAUUCAAUCAAGCAUUAGUUGAGGUCGGAUUUAUUCUUAUUGCUGAACAUAAAGUCGUGUUAUAAAUCAGAAGAAAAAUGGAGGGAACAGAUCAAGACGCAAUUUUCACCCGUCUUAACUCGAUUUACGUAAAUCUGAACGGAAAUUCGCUGCGUGACGUGUCAUACCGCAGUCCGGCACGAAAGAUUUUUGGCCAGAAGAAUAACAUGCAGGUCAAAAAAGACGCAUUCGUGAGCGGCUACAAAAAUCUGUGCAAAAUAGAUCAGGAGUUCGAGUCCGAUGUGGAAUCGAAGAAUGACAUUGUUAAGAAAUGCAUAUGCGAGCGUCCGAUGAAGCCCCUCGAGUGUAGUCGCUGCCGCCACUACUUCCGUGGACGUGUUGCCACAAUAUGCGAGAAGCAUCCAAUGGAGACUUUCCUGAUGGACUUUCGCCAGUGUCCCUACUGUUCGGCGAGUCGCGACAAGAUCAAGGAAUCUGAUUUGACCUGUGAUCCGAGAUCUGAGAUCCGUAAGAUAGAGAACGCUUAACUACCCGAUGAUUCUCUGUAAAUCAAGUUUGAUACUCGCUACAAGCAUAAUUGGUUUACAUUCGAAAAUAUAUCAGACGUGCUUAAAUUACACAUGUCUUUAUUCAAAGUUUUGAUGUUCGGUUUUUUUUUGUCUAGAACGAAAUAUAACA